AGCAAGCAAACGUCAAACUCACAAAAAAGUCGCGUUUUUCGUCAGACCGCUCGCAUCAAUAUUUUCGUUUUUAUAUCAAAAUUAUCGAAAUUAUCACUAAUAAUUCCCCGUUUGAAGCGCGAUUCGCGAUCCGUAUCGUUGGAGUUACCAUUAUCCGGUCGAGGGUUAGAAAACUGUGACUGCUGAAGGUCAUUUCGAACGGUUUUCGUUUGCGGUAGGCACGGAGCAGAAAAAAAAACCAUGCAUCUAAUCAGAAGGAUGAAGCGCCAGACCUAAGCCAGACCUUACAAAUUAAUUACAAAUUUUAUCUGGUUCUUCCAGAUUUUUGUAAAAUGGGGCCUCAAAAGUCUGGAAUAUUCCAGACAAAUCUGGAAGGUUGGCAACGCUGCGCUUAGGUAAUCGACCAGGUCUUUGGCCAAAGGGGACAUCGGAUUGAGCAGGAGGAGGACAGCGGCCCCGCUUCGUGUGUCCAACAGAUAAUAAGGGGAGACGGGCGGCCACUCGCCAGCAAGAAAAGUGCCGACUUCCGCAUUCUUGUUUCCUUUGGGCUGUAGAAUGGCAACCUACAACAAUGCCCACUGGCUGUUGUCCCACAUCCGGAAUUCGUUCAUCUCAACCGAUGACACGGGCUUGAGUGAAACGGUAAUGCUGCUGGAAGAUAUCCCCCACCAAUAUGCUCAACUGCAUAGGCAAGCCCUGCGGGAACACUCUGCUGGCGGAGUGCAAGAUGUAGGUCGAGAAGAUGGCCUCGGGAUGAAGCAGAAAAACUUCGAGGACUUCUAUUGCUAUCCGGGGCUGGACGAUUCCGACGACGAAGAGAUGGACACCUUGUCGCAGUCCUACGAAAUACAGAUGGAUCAGGAUAUUGGGUUCCAUCGACAGCGUUCCAAUACGGCUCAGAAGCUAGAGCGGAUGGACAUCGCCAGGAGAAAAGCGGCCAAGGUAAAAAAUAUCAAGUAUGAGUGUGCAGUUCAGCGUUCCGAUGAGAAAGACGACGAACUGUUCGUGAGGAAAGAUGUAAGUAGAGAGACGAAGUCGGAGGUUGGAAUGUCGUUGUUAGCGCAACAGCUGGAAAACUUCCCAAAAAUGCCACAGAACAAGUUCAUCGAGUUUGCCAAAUACGAUGGAACUUCGCAAACCGAAGUGGCUACCAAAAUGUUUAAAAUAUUCCUAACGAUGUUGCCGGAAAACCAGAAAGCCUAUCCGAUGCAAGUUUGCGUCAUAGCCACUGCCAAAAUUCAGGAUUUUAUAGGAUUGAUUUGUUAUAAGUGUAGUUUAGCAUAUCCAGAAGUAGGUUUAAGAUCGAUUAGGCACUACGGACUAUUUAUGACUGAAGAGGACGGUGAAAUCGAUAUGGACUUCCCCCCGUUGGACGUCAGGGAGCAAUGCGCAAAGUUUUGUUUUUCGCAUUUGGCCAUAGCUGAGCGGAAAGCCUCGGAGAUUCAAACGCAAUCUAGCUUUAGUCAAUCGUCGACGAUUGUUUCGGAAGAUCGAACGCGUUCAAUAACGUCCGAUUUGGGUGAAACGGGAAGUCAACCGAAGCUGUCUCCGACGGAGCCUUCUACUAGUUAUUUCAAAGGUAUCACCCCAAAGCAGAAGGAAGAUUUAGACAAAAUGAAAGAUCACACCUCAAAGUUAGAUGCACCCUUGUACAGGGCAUUCAAUGUCUAUAUGGUUCACAAAUCCCGUCUGAAAAUCGAAGUUCAGCUGGGCAUAUCGGGAGAUAAGCUAGAAAUAGAUCCCAUCCAGCAGAAAUCUUCCAAACUGUGGCCUCGCCAAAAGUCUGCCAACCACAGCAUGGAUUCCGUUGCUCACUGUUCCAUAGUCGAACGAAAAUCGUCCAAAUCCGUUGUAAGAAUCGUGUACAGUGCAGUUCCCUAUGCGCAGUCACUGACCGUGACCGGAACGGAUUACGUAACGUCAAGUCCCACCAUUCGGCAGCACCAACAGCAGCAACAGGCACGGGUGCCCCAAUUCAAAAACUACGACAUUGAAACGGAUCCUGCGACGGCGCAGGAAAUUGUAGAAAAGAUUAAUAAUAUCCUCGAGGUGCGGUCGAGUCCUGUUCGGCGGGAGUACAUAGCUAGCCGGAGUAGUCACUAGAUUUCGAUGACGCCUAGUGGCAAAGGACUCCUCGUCAUUCUGUACAUACCUUCAUUAUGAUCAUUCAUCACGCAUCCCGAACCAUAACUACACCCAAUACAUACCGGUUAUUUAUUUCACUCAUUCCCUCCACCGUCAAACGCAAACAAAUUACAGUUCCUCUUCUAAAGAAAAACUGCUAGGCGUUUCUAUUCCAUGUUAUGUUUAACGAAUACAUAUUUCGUUAGAACGAAGUUUCGGUUCUGUCUCGUAAAAAUGUUACAACCUUUUAUUAGAUUAUUCUUGCAAAAGAUUGAAGAAUCUUGCUUUAGAACUUUUAUCCAAAAAUAUGAAGAAAUUUAAAUUUCAGCGAGUUUUUAAAAUCUAAACUAGUACACAACACUGAAAACGGCCUUACAAUCAAGAUCGAAAUACGCAUUUCUGUCCCAGAUACAAACUCUCAUGAAAUUAUAUAGUAUACCUAGCACUAAAUUCUGUUUUCGAUUACUUAUAGGUAUUUCACUAAAUAGCUCGAAGGAUUAUUCUGAAUCGUACCUAGAAUUGAAACAGGAUACCUUCAUCAUAACUUUUCGCGAAUUUUAUAUAUUUUUAGCAUAACAUGGAAUAGAAAAGUCUUCGAAUCAGGUAAACGUCUUCAAUUACAUUACGCAUAAAAAUUCCACAAUUUGCCCUUUUGUCGUAUGCAAUAUGUAUCUUGAAAGUACAAGGAAAGGCCCUCGCCCUCGGAAGCGCCCCUCAACGGAAUCCUUCAUGCGUCACGUAACCGAAGAACGCGUCCUGGAAAGAAAUGAUCUAAUUCUUCUAAGAAGUAAUUUUCGCCCGGUCAAACUGCAAAUGCCACGUGUAAGGCAUUUGCGCGUCAACUCUCAGCAACUUGAAAGUGUUCAUCAUUUUUUGUAAGGUUAACAACAAUGUAACAUUGAAGAAGAGGUAAUCACGGUGACAUUUUCUACUAACGCGUAGGAUUGUUUUAUUCAGUUAAUGAAAAUUUAAAAGGCGCCUAGCGAGAAAAGCACAAGCAGACGUUAAAAUAAUCAUUGUUUGGAGUAGGAUUUAAACCCCCGACUCAGUAGGACGGUAAGGCGGCCCUUCAGUCCGCCAUCAGAACCAAUUCCAAAUUGUUUUUACGUGCUUUUCCAUGCUAAAAUGAGAAUACUAAACUACUACGCGUUAUUAGGUUAUGUCACUGUAGGUAUGUAAUCUACUUCAAAAAUAAAAAAAAUUAUAAGAUUUUCUAAACAGAUACGCUUUUUUACCACCUAAUACGCAAAGGUCUCAAAAAUAGUUUCCGGACACACCGUUUGUAAAGAGUAUCGCACAGGGGGUUUCGUUUCAAAAAAUGUCAGUUCUAUUCCUUUGGACACCUCAUUAUUCAAGUUCAUUCUAGAAUCUGGUCGACUUGGCGAUUGUUCAAAGUUCAUAUUAAUAAUCAAUAACUAAGUACUCAGAAAAUACACACCAACCACUCCAACCACUAGUUUCUGAAAAAAAAAAUAAAACAAAUUUUGCUUUACAACUGUCGAGAAAAUAUCUAACCUAAAAAGAUCCACGACUUAAAUGGGGUUCCAAUCCAAACCCAACAUGGUUGAACUAGUAUGCGAUGCAAUUUGUCCGUGUCCUUUUCGAACAUUUUUUUUUCGAUCAUAUUUUAAUAUUAAAACAAUAUAAAAAAAUAUUGAUUAUUUUUAUAUGAGCUUUGAAUUUAUCGUAAUACCAAACGCCCUAUUCUAAAUCAGAAGUGACGAACAAUUUACAGACUAUUUGUAGCCAAUGAACAUUGACGGAACUGUUCUGAACAUGAAGUAUAUCUUCAGCCGAUAAGAUUUAUAUUGUUUGUAAUCCUAUCAAAUUCAAUGAAACUGACCCACAUUAUAAACAGAUGCAUCUAAACUCCAUUCAAUGCAAUAAUGUUUUACUGGAAGACACGAAGAAACUAAGUGAAGUCACUAAACUGGAUAAUGUGUAUUUAUAUGUCACCGUUUGUAGAUUUGUAUAAAAGUUUCAAAAGAUCAAUUUUAUUUAGUAAUUUUGUACAUAUGUGUACAGUGCGUUGAAACGGAUAUUUUUGCAAUAAUAAUUAUGGACUCAAUAAGAUUCUAAUUGUUUCUAAUAAGUUCCAAUCACUGUCUCCGUGAUGACAUUUUUCAAAUCAAACUCGCGCUCAUCUAUUCGGGUUUUCUACCAUUUUUGCUUUGAAACACUCUGACGUCUUUAAAUUCAACUGAUCAUCAUGAGCAAAAAAAGCCGUAAAAACAGUCCACACUUGUUCAAUUGUUUUAGUUUCUUUCGCGUGAAAGAUCAAACGUGUAAUAUCAAGAGUAAACUGUUUCCACUGUUAAUUCCGUAGAAAGGUAUAGGAAACUAGUGUAGGCCCGCGGCAAACAAGGAAAACACUAUUAAUUUUAUUGUAUUUAUUAUAUUUACGCUAAUUUUUUAUACAGGAAUUAAAAGAAGCCAAUUUUUCAAUCACGUA